AGAUAAAACCCGGCAGUGUGUCGGCUUCCCCCCUGCUUGUGAGACCACCGCCGGGACGGAUCCGUGUUUUGUGUUUGGACAGUUUACGGUGGAGCGGAUGAGCGCUUCCUCCUUGGCCGGAGCGUUCACAGCGGGAGGAUGAACAACCAGAGAUGUAGCACUUUAUUCCUGAAACCAAAAGGACGGACGAGGAUUAUACAGUGCAUCUAUGUGGUGGGCUUCAUGGACUUGUUUGGGGUGAGCAUGAUCAUCCCGUUGCUGAGCCAUCACGUGAAGGCUCUUGGGGCAAGUCCCACUGUGGCUGGUAUAGUAGGAUCCACAUACGGCAUCUUGCAGCUUUUCUCAAGCACAGUGGUUGGCAGCUGGAGCGACGUGGUGGGACGGCGGUACUCUCUGCUGACCUGUCUGCUGCUCAGUGCUCUGGGUUACGGUCUCCUGGGAAUGUCCACUAGCAUAGCUUUAUUUGUCCUCGCACGGAUACCUGUGGGGCUGUUCAAGCACUCCCUGUCCAUCUGCAGAGCCCUGCUGUCUGACCUGGUGUCGGAGUCGGAGCGCCCUCUGGUGAUGGGACAUUUUAACGCAGCCUCCAGCGUGGGUUUCAUCCUGGGUCCUGUGGUUGGAGGAUACCUCACUGAGCACGAAGGAGGCUUUUAUACCUCUUCAUUUACUUGUGCAAUCAUCUUCCUCAUCAAUGCCGGGCUGGUGUCGAUGCUACCGUGGAGUGAGACGCCAGCCAUCCGUAACGGCACUAACUCCAGCAACCACCUGAGUAAAGGUUGUCCUGACAACCACUUUAGCAAGUCUGUACACAAUGGUUCUCAUGCAAAUAACCACCACCCAGAGUUGACAGCAAAGACUGAAACUGAUUCCAGAGCUCCUGGGCAGCAUCAUGGUGGUUUCAGGUGGAGGGACGUGUCUCUGUCCAAGCCUGCCUGGAGACAGCUGUCCUCAGUAGGCUCCAAGAUCCACACGGUGGCCUCCUCUGACAUGUGGGACCUCUUUCUGGUGCGUCUUCUGAUGGCCAUAGCGAUCAUGCUCUACUACAGUAACUUCUCUCUGGCCAUGGAGGAGCGUUUCUUACUUAAGCCAAAAGUGACGGGUUAUCUGAUCAGCUACAGCAGCACCUUAGGGGCCCUGGCCGGGUUCCUGGUGGGGCCAGUCACCCAGCUCUAUGGGAACAACAUGCCUGCCCUGCUGCUUCAUUCCACGGUGCUCACCUGCUCGCUUAUUUUCCUUUACGCCACUGCGCCGAGCGUGUGGCAGGUGCUGCUCACCUCCACCUUCUUUGCCAUUUCUACCACUAUUGGACGGACGUGUAUCACAGACCUGGAGCUGCAGAGGGGAGGGGUCCAGGCCAGCGGGACUCUGAUUGGAGCCGGGCAGUCAGUCACAGCUGUGGGUCGAGUCCUGGCCCCUCUACUGUCCGGUCUGGCCCAAGAGUUCAGCCCUUGCGGCCCCCCGAGUCUGGGAGUGGUGCUGGCUCUGGCAGCCGUUGGUUUAUUGCUCAUCAGAAUCCCCAAAUGGGACGGGAGAGGGAUGAACAAAGCAGCCAAACUCUGAACCUCUCGCUAGCUGAAUUUUUAAAUGUUGAAAAACCAAUGCUCUGAGAAGUGCUCUUAUUUGAAGGAGGCCAGCUGUGAGGGCGAACAGCAUACUCACAGUGGUAGAGGUGUUUAUUAACAGGAGGCCUCCACCAAAUGCAUCUGUAGAUGUGACAUCACAGGAGAACCAGCACUGCAGUCCCUCUCUCAGGGACAGUGGAAUCAGAAAUCAAAGCGGUGUUGUGGUGAGGACAGGACUGUUUAAGUUUCAUGUGCUUCCCAACAUGCUGAAGUUUGACCAGACAGAAACAUAUAUGAGCUUUGUCUUGGCACAUACUACUUGUGACCACUUGAUUGGCAACAAUGUACACUUGGUUUGUACAUAUUUUACCUCAAUCCCUGAAGGGUGUACUACGAAGCGAGACUAAUGGGUUAGCAAAAUAUGUUGAGAGUUUUCAAUGUCAGAAAGAUGGGCUUCUUUUAACCUGCUAGAUCACCGUGGUAACUGAUGCUGCAAAGCUAACCUGCUCUAGGGAAGGUUAUGUUCAGAGUUUGGGGUUUAAAGCGGCUGAUAGUCGUGCCAUCCUUUUUCCGAAUUUGUUUCCUGCUGAUUCUCAAUCAGCGAUAUUGACUCUCAGCUGAAGUAAGAAGUUGCUUCUGCAAACCUGUUGAGCUGUACGUUGGUAAUUCCACUGAAGCAAGCCGUGCAGUUAUAGUAUCACACACUGUAUGCAUUGCAUGUUGUCAUGAGGACCUACAGCAUUCAGAUGGUGAUGCAGAAAAUUCAUAAACAGGUUUUUCACAUCCGUUUUACACAGUUAAUAUUGUGUUCAAUAGAACACAGAUUAGAAAAUAGUUGGUUUUAGCAUAGAGAAUAUUCUGUCAGUAUUGUUCUGGACAAGACAUCAUCAGACCUAAAUACACUUUUUUUUAGCAUCAUGUUAAAAUGUUUGAAGUUUACAGCGCUAAUGUACAACUGUUAAGUUAGCAAUUAGCCGCUGCUUUGAGAGAGCAGAAAAUAUAUUAUUACACGAUUAACAAUGUUCUACCAGCAUUCCUCUCUUGCAUCAUUUGCAGUAACAGCACUUUUUUUUUUUUUUUACCAUAACAAAAGUUAAUAUUAUUCAUAGCUCUCUUUAGACAUGUUCCUUUUUACUGACACUGGUGUUGCACAAUCUGUACAUUUUGUGCAGAAAAGGAGGCAAAUGACGGCCUCCAACGCCCUCUUUAACAAAAGUGCACGCAGAGUCUGAUAAAGAAAAGCUUUGUCCAGCCAGCUAAUUCAUAGAAAGCCUGGCUGUGUAACAUUGCAUCAUAGUACACUCCUCAGGUGUUUCUUCCAAUAUCAGAAAUGGUUCUUAUGGUGGUAUGUAAGUGAAUGUUUGCUCUAGUUUUUGACUCUUUGGUUUUACAGUUAUAGAGAUUUUAUUUAUCUGAGGAGCUGUUUAAUGUAUACUUAAAGUAGUAAAUCUUUGUAUUGUUUAUUUUUUAACAGCCCAAACACUACUGUGAUAAGAAGGAAGAUUUGUCUUUUACAUUUGUGUAAAGACCUUACUGAAUCCUAGAAAGUACAAUUAAUGCCAAAAAAGUCACAAGGAAUAAACAACAGUUUGUAUGUUUGA